AUGAAUAUUGAGGACGAGACUAAGGGAUCAAAGGUGCCACUAGCCACACUGGUGGCUAGAGCCGUCACCAUUGCUUCCCUUGCAGUUUCCGUCGCGCUCAUGAAGAUGAACAGUGCUGCCUGUACCAUUAACUCGAAAAAAUUCAUUAUCUCCUACUCGGAAUUCAAUGCUUACAAGUUCAUGCUUUUUACCAAUUUUGUGGGAUUUGCUUACACCUUGUUGCAGAUUCCCUUUGCAGUCUACUACUUAACAACAGGGAAACGCCUAUCAAACCAUUAUCGCCUUCUUCAGUUUGAUUUCUAUGGUGACAAGGUUAUUUCAUUCCUAUUAGCAGUAGGGGUUGGUGCAGUAUUUGGUGCUACUUCAGAUCUUAAGAAGGCACUGAACAACAGCAGAAAUUUUGAGUUUUUCGACAUUAAUAGUGAUCUUUCUGAUUAUUAUUCAAAGUUUGAUGACUUGUACAACAUGGCCUAUAUAUCGGCGGGGUUUCUCCUCAUCGGAUUCUUAAGCUCUGCACUUUCGUCCAUCAUAUCAUCACACGCCCUCACCAAGAAAGCAUAA